AUGAAAACAUCGGACUUUGACAGCAGGACGAGCUUCAUCUGGAAAGAACUGAAAAGUGGAAACCUCUGCUUAAGGAUCUCCAACCUGAAGCUGUCUGAUGCUGGGAGAUCCCAGUGCAAGAGGCUUUGGAAGAACGGCCCUCGAGACAGCACCACAGUGGAGCUGUUUGUGUGCAUGUCCACACACAGACCCAGAGCUACAGUGAGAGCAUCCAGGAGGUCGAUACCAGUGGCUGGCACUCUGACUCUGACCUGUUCUGUUGAGGAGUCUGCGGGUUGGAGCUACGACUGGUUCACACGUUCCCCAGACGGUGAUGAAACCGCCAUCGCAACACAUCGUGAGCAUAACUCUCUCAACAUCUCACAGGGAGGCAGCUACUGGUGCAGGGGAAGAAGGACUCACUCAGAUUUCUUCUCAGAGAAGAGUCACGUGCAUCACAUCGACAAAACCUUGUCUAACAGAAGCUUUGUCGUGCUGCAACACAACUGGACUCAGAUAUUCAGUGGUGAGACGAUCUCUGUCGGGUGUGAGAUCCAGGGAGGAGGAGACACCCAGUGGGAAUAUGAAUGGAGGACAACAAGCUCCCACCAACCAGUCACUAGUCCAAACACAGCUCCCACACACAGUGAAUACAGGCUGGGCACUGCCUCUGUUUUCCACAGUGGAAAGUACUGGUGUAAGGCCAGAGCGAACUUGUAUUCCUCAACAGAGUGGAGUGAUGCCUUCCAGCUUAGAGUAACACCCAAUAAACCCAGGCCCAGGCUGACUGCCCAUAACACAACCAUCACAGGAAAGGGAAGCGUAGCACUGACCUGCUCUGUGGAUAACGCGGCUGAGUGGAGAUACGACUGGUUCAAAAGAACCUCAGCCUCCUCUGCAGCUCAGAUCCUAAGAUAUAAUGAAACAGAUGAUGAAAUCAGCAUCUCAGAGGAAGGCAUCUACAACUGCAGAGGACGGAGAGGAGACAAUACUUACCUCACAGAGGACAGCAACCUAGUCACAGUAGAGAACAGAGUUUCCCACAAGGUGUCUGUGGCCCUGCAACCUGACUGGUCUCUGGUCUUCAGAGGUGAGACGAUCACUGUCCGGUGUGAGGUCCCUGCAGAUGUACUGACUGAGUGGGAGUAUGAAUGGACCAUACCCAACUCCAAUACGGUUCCAACACACAAUGAAUACAGGAUUGUCAAUGCGUUCUCGUCCGACAGUGGAAGCUACAGGUGUUUGGCUAAAGACAAGAAGAACUUGAAUUCCACAACCGAGUGGAGCGAUGACAUCACACUAACAGUUUCUGAAAGACCAGCAGCUAACCUGAGCGCCGACCACACAGCCUUUCCAGUAGGGGGCAGUGUGCUCCUGACCUGCUCCGUGGGCCCAGCAUCACCUGGCUGGAAUUAUUAUUGGUACAGAGGUGAGAAAACCUUGGAGCCCCUGAAGGAUGAGGAUUUCAAGUCAAAUGGACAAAGUGCUAGUGCCUCACGUGAAGGACUGUACUGGUGCAGAGGAGGAAGAGGAGAUCCAGUUUACUACACCCAGUACAGUAACUCAGUCAGGAUUCAUGCAAUUGUCCACAACAGAGCUGCUGUGACUCUUCAACCCAACUGGCCGAACAGAUACAUAGGAGAAACCGUCACACUGAGGUGUGAGAUUCAGGGAGGAGACUCUGAGUGGGAGUAUGAAUGGACAGCAACCAGCUCACAUGCACCUCCCAACACAAAGGAAUUCAGGAUCAGUCUGGGGUCACAUCUGAGCUACAGCUACUGGUGUCAGGGCCGACUGAAAGGUGCAUGGCAGAACUCAACAGGAUGGAGUGUUCCCCUCACGUUGGACCUGUCUAACGCGGCUGCACCACGACCUGUCGUCACUGUGUCUCCGUCAUGGCUGACUCCUGGAGCCUCAGUUACUCUCACCUGUGGGGGGGUUCCACAUCCGACUGCAGGAUGGAGGUUUUACUGGUACAGAUACAGAGCUGACCCAACUUGUUCGUAUCCAGUCUGCAGACCUCAACAUAAAUUUCAAAUUCAGGAUAGACCGGUUACAAUAGAUAGGGUUUAUCCUCCACGCAGUACGAUAUUAAGGGACAUUCCUCAGUACAGUUAUGAGCUGCUCCCAGGAAGCAACGGAGGGACUGAACAAAACUACUCCGUCAUCCAAGGCCUGACGGAGUCAGCAGGUUAUGCAUGUCGAGCUGGAAGAGGAGACCCCGUGUUUUACACUGAGUACAGUGAUACAAAGUGGGUCUGGCAUGGAGAUUCCAAUUCGUCAGUGUCUCUCACAGUGAGGCCGGACACAGUGCAGCACUUCAGACAUGACAAGAUCCAUCUGACCUGCGAGGGAAACUCUGAUAAGUGGAUAUUGUGGCUGUUUACUGUAGACAGAUUGUUAGAGUGCAAAUCUCAGGACACAAUCCCAAGCUCCACAUGGUCCUUGGGAGAUCUUUCUUCUGGAGUUGUCUGGUGUGGAUCUGGAUCAGAGCUCAGCAACGCAGUCAACAUCACUACAGAUUCAGAUAUUGUUAUCCUGGAGAGCCCUGUCCAUCCUGUGACUGGGGGACAGUCCGUUACUCUUGGCUGCACAUGGUUUAGAAGAAGCCUCGAUUUCAGCUUCUCUUUCUACAAAAAUGGUGAACUCCUCCAAAGAGAUGUCAGUUCGAAACUGGAAAUCUCCGCUGUGUCAAAGUCAGAUGAAGGUUUCUACAAGUGUGAACAUUCAGGAGUCCUCUCACCGGAGAGUUGGAUGUCAGUAAAAUAUUCAGAUAUUGUUAUCCUGGAGAGCCCUGUCCAUCCUGUGACUGGGGGACAGUCCGUUACUCUUGGCUGCACAUGGUUUAGAAGAAGCCUCGAUUUCAGCUUCUCUUUCUACAAAAAUGGUGAACUCCUCCAAAGAGAUGUCAGUUCGAAACUGGAAAUCUCCGCUGUGUCAAAGUCAGAUGAAGGUUUCUACAAGUGUGAACAUUCAGGAGUCCUCUCACCGGAGAGUUGGAUGUCAGUAAAAUAUUCAGAUAUUGUUAUCCUGGAGAGCCCUGUCCAUCCUGUGACUGAGGGACAGUCCGUUACUCUCGGCUGCUCAUGGUUCGGAAGAAACCUCAAUUCCAGCUUCUCGUUCUACAAAAAUGGUGAACUCCUCCAAAGUGAUGUCAGAGGGAAACUGGAAAUCUCAGCUGUGUCAAUAUCAGAUGAAGGUUUCUACAAGUGUGAACAUUCAGGAGUCUUCUCACCGGAGAGUUGGAUGUCAGUAAAAUCACCUCCCUGUCCGUCUCCUGUGCCGCUGGUUGUUGGGCUGGUUGGUGGCAUCACACUGAUUCUCUUCCUCUCGCUGCUGCUGUUGUGUUGGUGCAGGAAUUCAAAGAAUCUGUAUUGUGACAGGCACAGCCAGUCUCAGAGAACCAAUCAGAGCUCAGACCCAACUGUUCACCACGAUGAAAUCCAGCUGCAAGUGUACUCGUCUCUUCUCCACGGAACCCGAGGUGAUCCAGAGGAGACGUCUGACUACGUUAAUGAAAAUCCACAUUCAGCUUCAGGAUCAAGAUGAAUGGUGCAUCCUCCAGAAAAACAGAACAUGAAAAUCAACAUUCAUCCUAAACACCUUCACAUAUUAGACUCACCAGUUUUGUAACAGCUCAUUGAAAAGAACGACAUGAUCUGGUUGGAAUUUCAGUAUAAAUUAAAAAAUAAAUGCUGUGAUAUUUGCUUUUGUGUUUAUGUUCAAUAUUUCAAUUGGCUGAUAUGGGCCUUUUAGGAUAUAUACUAAUAUGAAAAGCUUCAUUUUACAGGAUAAACAAUGUGCAUUAUGAUUAUAUUUUACAUUGAACAUUUUUUUGUCUUAAUUCAAGUUCUAUAUAUUCUCAUAUUUGUGUUUUCUUUCAAUUUAUCUUUAUUUCUUUGAAAAAAAUUGUUAUACUUAAACUUUAUUGCCAAUUUUAUACACAAGUGAUGUUUUUUUACUCCUUGAUAACGGUAUCGGCAUUGGCCCUGUAAUGGAAAAAUUAACUAACUAUGUGUGAAACCUAUGUUGUAGUUGGCAAGUAAAUUUUUGCAGACCUGUCUAAAUACUUUAUGGCCUGGACUGUUUUAUGGUCUGAACUGUGUAUGACCUGAAAACUGUGCAUAAGUGAAUCAUUUGUCAUUGUUCAGAUCCCUCUCCCAUCCUGAGCUUACAGAACCAGUUUGGAUUGGUUCAGAGAGACAGCCCUAGUCCUCCUAUAUAAGAUCAUUGUAUUUGACUGUCCUGCAUCUUCACUCUGAGAUCCUUGUGGUUUCUCUGUGUUGAUCCUUUCUGCAGAAAGCCCCUUACUAAAUGCACAAGGACAAAUAUUGUGUUCCAGCCUCUUGUAUUUCCAGAUUUCCAUCACAGCCCCUAAAAAAAGCUUAUUCUGUAUAUUUUUGCCAGAGUCAUGCAACAAAAGUUUGAAUGCAACCUGUGAUGUUUUCCAUUCAUACGUAAAUAUAUGUCUCAGCUAUUAUUCACCAAUGACUCAAUGAAGGACGAUGUCAAGAAAGACAUCGUCUGGCUGUGUGUUAUGUUCCAUAUACAGUCUGUGGUUAGGUGUGAUUAUUUCCAUGGCUCGUCAUUCUCUGUUUGAUGAAUACACUGCAGACAGUUUAGCUUUUUGUUUUGAAAUGUGAUGAACUGUAACAGAUUAUAAUUCAAAUACAUAAUUGAAUGUGUUCUUUCUUUUAUCUUUAUUAAACUGUAAAAUCGCA